GCUCACGCUGACAAAACUCUCCUAUUUCAAUGGCAUCUCCAAAAGAGAAGUUCCUCCUUGUUCCUUUGUUUCCCGUCUCCUCAAAAUGAUCCCUAAAAAGCAUGAUGCCUAGAUUCCCAAAAACCCUCAAAUGUCAUCGGCUUUUCCUGUGAUAUGUAUCCUCCACUCUCUCAUAGCCAUAACAAGUGGAACACUCAUGAUGUUCCACAUGAAGGAAAUCUACACCUUCACACAUGGGAAUGAAACUGCAACGAUUCUGAUGGGGUCUACACCACAAGACCAGCUCCUGAUCCGGACCUCUGAUUCAUUUUCUGGGCUGCUCCUGUUUGCUAUUGGGUGGUUGAUUUUCAUGGUCUCUUUUAUCAAGGACGGAGAGUUUCAAUAUUUCUUUGCAAAAGGGUGUACGCUUCUUCAUGUUUUCAUGGCUAUUUGGAGGGUCAACUUUGAGAGGAGAGUUGAGGUGUUGGCUUGGGAUUGGCUGAGACAGACAGUUGGUGAUAUCUUAUUGGGUCUAUCUUGGGUUCUCUUUCUUGUUUAUUCUUGGAGAGAGAAGUAUGAUUAGGGUUAAUACUUUUUUUUCUUUAAUCUUCAUAUUCAGGGUUUUCUUUCCUUUUUCUCCCCUUCUCUAUACAUAGAGUGUAAUUUUCCUUCCAUGAAAUAUAUAUGGCCUCGCCCUACCUUAAGUGAACAA